AUGCCUUACGUCACUCGGUCGGGUGAAUUGGUGGAAACCCAACCAUGGAAUGUGAAAUAUGUGAAGCAAGUUAUCUUGCGAAUAUUUCACAUCCUCAUCUUAUUCUUCCAAACAUUAUUUCCUCUUGACUUAUUUCGAGAUAGUUCCUCAAACCAACGGAGUAACUGGGGUGGAGGGCCUCCACGGCCCCCAGGAAGGGGCUUCGGUCGGCCAUGCGGUGGAGGUGGUCCGGAUGCCCCUCCUAUGGUAGGCGGCGGCGGAUGA